AUGGUUCUCAUGAAGCUGUUCGUUCCGGCUUUGGCCCUUGCCGGCCUUGCCUCUGCUGCUUCCGGCGACUGUGAUGGAAAGGUGAUUCAGAACCAAGGCGAUGCGGAUGGCCUUGCUUCCUGCAGAACCAUCACUGGGGAUCUCGAGGUCUCUGAGAGAGCCUCUGGCACCAUCUCCAUCUCUGGUGUGCAACGCGUCAACGGAAAGUUUACUUGCAAGGGAGCAGUAAACUUGACUGAGCUAUCUGCCAGCAGUCUCUCUCGGAUCGGUGACGCUUUCUUGCUGAGUGGUCUUACCACACUCGCUAGUUUGAGAUUCGACGCCCUCACAGAAGUCGACAGCAUUAACUUCGAGGCCCUUCCCAGACUUCAACAGCUUUCUUUCUCUAAAGGAGUCAGCAAGGCCAGCCGUCUCCGAAUCGCCAAUACUGACUUAGUUAACCUUGGAGGAAUCAACCUGAAUACUGUUGGGGACAUGGAGAUUAGCAACAAUCCUCACUUGACAGAGGUCAAUGUCAACCAAAUCACCAAUACGACCGGUUUUGUCAGCUUUUCCGCCAAUAACAUGAAACUUAAGGUCACCUUUCCCAACCUAGAAAACGCCUUGAACAUGACCUUUCGCAAUGUUAGCGCGAUCUCUCUUCCGUCCUUGAAGAAGACUACCGGUCUACUAGGAUUGUACUCCAACUAUAUCGAGGAUUUCUCGGCUCCUAACCUCACGUCCACCGGUGAUUUAGUCCUUGCGGCCAACUCUCAGCUCUCCAAUCUCUCGCUCCCACUCUUGGAGGAUGUCAGAGGCGCCUUCCAGGUUGCAAACAACACCAACCUUAAGUCAAUUACGGACGUGCCCAAGUUGAAGAAACUAAAUGGCGCCCUUGAUCUUUCGGGAAACUUCACUGAAAUACGACUUCCCAGUGUGGAUGAAGUGCGUGGCCAGGUCAAUAUCCAGAGCUCUGAUGAUAAGUUCUCUUGCAGUACCUUUGAAAAGGACCUGAAGCCCAAUACUCGCGGCAAGUUCACUUGUCUCUCAAAUGUUAAGGACCCGCAGUCCACCGAUCCAAACAACAACGGAAAACCCAAACCAUCAUCUGGCAUUGCCAUGUCUGAUAACGUCCUUUCUCGCGGUGGUGUGACUAUGAUCGCCCUUCUCACAGCUAUUGUUGGCAUGGCUUUUUAA